AUGGUCUAUGAUGAGCUGCAUCUGCUCAGCCUUGGGAGGAGAAUGCAUGGUCUGACAGUGAUUCAUCUUGCAGCUUGGACUGGAAAUCUGGAUAUAAUGCGAAAACUAGUUAAAGCGGGUGCUGAUCAAAAGGCUAAGAAUGAGGAAGGAAUGAAUGUACUGCACUUUGCAGCUGAGAACAACAAUGUUAAAAUAAUUGAUUAUUUUCUCCAAGAUCUCCAUCUGUAUGACUUGAACAAGCCUGAUGGGAAAGGUAAAAAGCCAUUUCUUCUGGCAUCUGAAAAAGGCCAUGUUGACAUGAUAAACAAUUUGAUUACUCUGAAGCUGUUUACAUCUGAAAAAGACAAGGAGGGAAACACAGCAUUGCAUAUAGCAGCCAAAAAUGGUCACAGCAAAGUCGUAGAAAUUCUGCUCGAACAGUGGGAGCAAAUUAAUGAUGUCAAUCAGAAUGGAGAAACACCAUUUUAUUUGUCUGUCAAAGGAGGUCAUGAAAAAUGUGCUGAACUCUUACUGGAAGCAGGGAGUUACAUCAAUGUUUUAACUCACAACAGCAGCAGUACUUUGCAGAUUGCAAUUCAGAAUAGACAUCUAUCCUUGGUCACUUUCCUGAUUGAUAAUAAUAUUGACCUGGUCCCUAAACCCAAGCAGAAGAAUUCUCCUCUCCAUUUAGCAGUCAUCCAUAAUCAUCUACCAGUAGUAAAAAGUCUCUUGGAUGCCAAUCAUGAUAUAAACUCUUUAAAUCACAGGCAGGAAACCCCUUUACAUUUGGCAGCUGAUCUUGGCAAUGUGGAGCUGGUGGAAGUGUUGCUGAAGGCAGGCUGUGAUCUCAAGACCACGGAUAAGCAUGGAAAAACUGCAUUAGCUGUGGCAUCAAGGAGCAAUCAUGCCCUCAUUGGAGAUAUGAUCAUUAAGGCAGAAAGGUAUUAUGCCAUGAAACAGGAACAUCUACCUCAUAGCGAUGAUGGGUCAGAUUUGUGCCUGUCCUUCAAACAGGAUCAUAGUACACAGACCAAGCAAAUCCGUUCCUCCCUGUGGAACCUAGCAUACAACCAGUUAAAACCCCAGGAAUGGAAAAAAAUGGCCCUGUUCUGGAAGUUCACGAAUGAACAAAUUAAAGCUAUUGAAGAACAAUGGACAGGGGAAAAAAGUUAUAAGGAACAUGGAAACAGAAUGUUACUCAUCUGGUUACAUGGUACUUUGCUGGCUCAUCAGAAUCCUGUCAAGCAUAUCUAUGAAAAUCUGGUGGAAGCAGGAUUUCAGCCUUUAGCUGAGAAGAUCAGAGCUGCAAGUAGCACUGGCAUGGACUCCAGAAAAUGUGCAGUUUCAUGA